GCUUGUUGUGCUAACUAAACAGUAUUAUGCAAUAUUUUUACGCUGCGCUGCUUUGCUGCGUGUUGCAUGCCACACUGGGCGAUAAGUCUACAACGCUGUUUGAAAAAUGUCACUAUAGCGACAACAGCUGCAUGAUGAGCAAAGCUAACGAGUUGAUCAAACGCUAUGGCAAAGGCAACAGCGAAUUGGGACUGAAACCACUGAAUGCCAUAGCCGCUGAGGAUGUGGACAUAGUUAAUUCACCUGGAGCUGUUUACAUACACUUUAUAUUAAAAAAUCAAGUGGUUUAUGGUUUUGAAAAUGCAAGCGUAACCUAUUUGGCUGGCUUUGAUCGCGAGCCGGAGCUUGGCAAGCUGGAAAUUAAGCUACACAUACCGCGUUUGCUUAUCAGAGGCAACUACGAUUUGCUAGCACGUGGCGUGCUGCUUAACACCAACUCCACAGGCACUACCACAUCGGAUUUUCAAAAUGUGCGUCUUUCUAGCAAAAUUAAGGCAUUCAUUGAAUUUCGCAACAAUAAGCGUUAUCUAAAGAUUUACGACUUGACGCCUACAAUGGAAAUUGAUCGCUGGAUACUCACUGCUGAGAAUAUUUAUAAGGAAAACAGUGACCUUACGCUGCUGCUCGUGCGUGUGAUCAAUGACAAGUGGCUGGAGUUUUGGAAUGAAGUUGAGCCGGCCAUUGUGCCAGUCCAUAGCAGAAGCAUACGCAAGCACAUCAACGAGUUCUUUGAUGCCAACAGCUACGAUGAGCUAUUUUUGCCAGACGUAUAGUAUUUAUCUACUCACUUGGAUCUUGAUUAAAAGUUAAGCUUCAGCGCAGCUAAGAAUUAUAAUGCAUAAGACAAACAACUGCAAUAAAGACAUCAACAGAUUUUGUUCUCUCUCGCUAAAGGGGUGAACUUGCAGCAAUUUAUGAGAUUUACAAAAA